AGGUGUUCCUAGAGUUUCGAGUAAAAAAAGACCAAAUCUAGGAGAUAGAUCGAGCUCUCUCUAAAUAUAGCUCUGACUAGUAGUACUGGCAUGGGGUACUGGUGGGCAGGGAGAAGAAACAUAGCUAGCCAUAAGCAACCUGGCCCUAUAUAAAUACUUAGGGUUUGGUAAUUAAUUUGAUUAGAUAAUUCUAACAGUCUAGCUUCUUAGCUUGUAUUUUUUUUUUAUUUUUUUUUUGGGUUUUCUAGCUCCAGGGGAAGGAGCUUGGAUAGAUAUAAUUAUCACCGGCAAUGGCCCCUGGAUUAUAUUCCGUCCAAAUCCUUGCGAUAGCAUUGUUGCUUGUUAGCACUACUUCGGCGAGUGAUCCGGGCCUAAACCGGGCAGAUUCGUUUGGUUAUGUCGACCCGAAUGGCCCUGCAAAAUGGGGAAGCUUGAGCCCAAAGUUCACGGAAUGCUCAAAGGGGAAACAUCAGGCUCCUGUGGACAUUGUGAAGGACGAGGUUGUCCAUAAGAAGAGUUUGAAACCCUUGAUUAGAGAUUACAGUCCUGUAAAUGCCACAAUGAUCAACAAUGGCUUUAACAUUGAGAUUAAAUUCGAAGGACAUGUGGGAGUUUUGGUUGCAAAUGGGAAGAACUUCACCUUGAUGCAGGCGCACUGGCACACUCCUUCCGAGCACCGGAUUAAUGGCGUGCAAUUUCCGGGAGAGAUGCAUCUGGUCCACCGGGCAGCUGAUGGCAACCUCUCAGUUGUCUCAGUCCUCUACCAAUAUGGUGCUCCCGAUUCUUUUCUUACUAAGAUUAAACGCAGUUUGGAUGAACUGGGCAAGGAACAGUGUGCAGAGCAUGAAGAGUCUCAUAUCCCCCUUGGGAUCAUAGACACUAAGCACAUGAGGCGAAAGAGCCGCAAGUAUUACAGAUACGUUGGUUCUUUCACCACUCCCCCAUGCACUGAGAACAUCCUUUGGAACAUCCUCGGCAAGGUUAGAUCAAUCUCCAAGGAACAAAUACAGGCUCUCAAGGCACCAUUGAUAUCUAGUUGCAAGGACAACUCAAGGCCGAUACAGCCACUAAAUGGGCGAAAGAUUGAAUUAUAUGAUGAGUUGGCGCGGACAACUAAUUAAGUUACUAUCAUUUUUACCGUAGAAAGAGUUAAUCCAUGUGUUCUAGCUAGCUUACGUGUGAACUUUAUGGAUCCAAUUUUAUUGUAAGCAUCUCUUAUGUAACACAUGAAAUGCAUUAGAAAAUGGAAAUUCACCUAGCCUUAUACUGCUUUUAA